AUGAGCAAUCGGGCUGUUGCGGUGCUUCGCGGUGACAAGGGUGUUGAGGGGACCGUGUGGUUUAGACAGGACAAGGAGGGUGAUCCAGUGAAGAUUUGGGGGAAAAUCACCGGGUUAUGCCCUGGUAAACAUGGAUUCCACAUCCACGUCUACGGCGACUCGACGAAGGGUUGCGAAUCUGCUGGGCCACAUUUAAAUCCGUUUGAUAAAACCCAUGGAGGACCAAAUGAAGAAAGCCGUCACAUGGGAGACCUCGGAAAUGUGGAAGCCGACAACAAUGGCGAGGCGAAAUUCGAGCUGACGGACGAUAUGAUCAAAAUUCAUGGCGAGCACUCGGUGGUUGGACGAUCGAUGGUUGUCCAUGAGAAAAGGGAGGAUGAUCUCGGAAAGGGCACCGGCAACGCCAAGGAAGAAUCGCUAAAAACCGGAAAUGCUGGUGGUCGCCUGGCCUGCGGCGUUAUCGGACUUGCCGCUCCGGAAGAC